AUGUCCGUUUCCAAUGACAAAAUUCCUAACAACCUUCCGAUUCUUGAUUCGAAGAAUUAUGACAAAUGGCACAAACAAAUGAAAGUUUUGUUUGGAUAUCAAGAUGUUCUUGAUAUGAUUACCGAUGGCAUUACUCCUCUUGGUAAAGAGGCUACAACAGCUCAAGAAGCGAAAUUCAAGGAAGACAAGAAGAAAGACUACAAUGCCCUUUUCUUGAUCCAUUCUUGCGUCGAUAGUGACAACUUCGAAAAAGUUGGCGAUUGCGACUCGGCGAAGACAGCUUGGGGUAUUCUUGAGAAAGCUUAUGCUGGUGUGAAUAAGGCGAAGGUGGUGAGAUUACAAACUCAUAAGCGGCAGUUUGAGUUACUUCAAAUGGAAGACAAGGAAACGAUUAACGAUUACGUGACGCGUGUGACACGCUUGGGGAAUCAAAUGAAUUCGUGUGGUGAAGCCAUUUCCGAACAGAAUUUUGUGUCGAAGGUAUUGCGUUCUUUAACACCAAGAUUCGAUAAUAUUGUGGUGGCGAUUGAGGAAUCGAAGGAUCUCAAGACGAUGACGAAAGAUGAACUUCAAAGUUCAUUGGAAGCUCAUGAACAAAGGAUGGACGAAAGAGGAAACGAUAAAGCCAAAGCGGGAGUUGCUUUGCAAGCCCGUUUCAACGAGAAGAAUAAGAAAUCGAAAGGGAAAUGGCUUUCUAGAGGAAAGAAAAACUUCCAGAAUUUUGAUGGAAAAGAGUCACAAAAUUCAAGGAAAGGUGAGGGCAGUUCCAAAGGUGGUGGUCAAGACAACUACAAGCCGUUCGACAAAAGCACCAAGAAGUGUUACAAUUGUCAAAAACUUGGGCAUUUCGCAAGAAAGUGUAGAGCGAAACCAAGGGCGAAUUAUGCUGAUGAGGCUAAGGUUGCUAUGCAAGACGUGGAUUAUGAUAACACGGUUCUUGUAAUGAUCACGGAAGAGAACUAUGGCAUCAAAGAGGUGCUGGACAGCAACUGUGACAAGAGGAAGUUGCUGGACAACAACUAUUGCAGUCCAGAAAAAUCUGCAAUAACGCAAUCGGAGAAAAAUGCAAUGGUAACAGUUCGAGAUGGAGCUCAAGGGAGAAAUGAGUGGUACUUGGACUCAGGUUGUUCGACACAUAUGACGGGAAGAAAGGAUUGGUUCGUGAAGAUCAAUUAA